AGCUGGCGGAGGGCGAGCUACCAUCUUCGUGCUCCCCUUAGCUCGGAGGAGACGGAGGUGGAUUGGCGACUGUUAUGUGAUCGGGGGGUGGGCGUAACGACAGAAAAAGACUCACAAAUAUCGGGUUUUUCGUCGGUUUGCAAAGGGUUGAAGCUUGCCAUUCGGUGGUUUAGGGUCUGUAAGGGGGGAAAGAUCGCUCAUACAUGAGGCUGACAGAAAAAGAGAAUGAAACACUCCCGGCAGAUAUAGUUCUUCAAACACUGCUGGCGUUUCUCCUAACCUGUUACGGCAUUGUCCAUGUGGCAGGAGAGUUCAAGGACAUGGAUGCGACCUCAGAACUUAAAAACAAAACCUUCGAGACCCUGAGGAACCACCCGUCCUUCUACCUGUUUAACCAUCGGGGCCGGGUGCUAUUCCGGCCGCUGGACGUGGAGACGAAGACGCCCGCCCCGGCCGUGCCCUCUGCCCUCAAGCUCCGCCAGCCCAAGCCCGGCUGGCGUUAGCCGGCGGCCCCCCCCUCAGUACGCCCGGCGGGCUAGGGGAGAGGGCCAGUGAAGGGCGGGAGGUCCAUCGUGCUGGGCCAGCCUCGUCUGCCUGCGAGGCCCUGCCUUCGCCGUUGGAGACUGGCAUGUCGCCGGGAUCUUGCUGUGCGCCACCUGCCGCCAGCGCGCUCGGGGGAGGCGAAACAGGACGGACGCUGCCUAACGCAAUAAACGGUCUGUUGGUUUUCA